AUGCAGUUCGCCCUUCCACUGGUCGUUCCUCUCCUUUUAGCCCAUUAUGUGAACUCAAAUACCCUCUCUCGUAGCAUUUACCUACCUCCUUCACCUAUCUCAUUCCCCACCUCUCCUCCAGAAUCCAGCUUUGAGGAUAGUUUCGUAAAUGAAUAUAAUGUGUAUGAAGCACGAGAGACAUAUACAGAGCCUUCUACCACUCCUGUGCCACCAACUCCGGCAAAAAGAAAGAGAAAGGGUCUUAGUCAGAGGGAGGAUAUUUUGGAAAAAAUCUUCCUUAACUACAAAACCCACGAGAGACCGACGGAGCUUCUAGACACUUCGACCGUAGUCAGGGUAAAUAUGAAGAUCCAGUCUAUCUUCUCAAUUGAUGUGCGCACGAUGGACUACUACGUUGACGCGCUGCUCCGACAAGCCUGGGUCGAUCCUCGAUUAGCAUGGGAUAAAAUGCCCGAGCACAGGAACUUUACUCAACCUAUAGUCUCACCGAAAAUGAAGAACCAACUGUGGCUGCCUGACUUAUUUUUCCGCAAUGGGAAAGAGGGAUAUCUUCACAAGAUGACUCUUCCAAACUACCUCCUACGUGUCUACCCCAACGGGCAGGUCCUGUACAGCCAGAAGAUCACGAUGCGCUUCGCGUGUCAGAUGGACCUCCAGACAUUUCCGAUGGAUGUUCAGGAGUGUGACAUUAACAUCGGCUCGUAUGGGUACACCCUAUCUGAGCUUAAAUUCAUGUGGAGUGAAACCUCGCCAAUUGAACUGAAUGACGAAAUGCAGCUGUCAGAGUUCAACGCUCCUAAACACUUUGCUACCUUCGACUGUACCUCACAGGCCUCCACUUCCACUGGAAAUUACACCUGUCUCCUCGCUAAGUUUUCAAUCGCACGUCAACUAGGCUCAUAUCUGGUGACCACGUACAUUCCCAAUAUCCUCAUUAUAAUGGUCUCGUGGUUGAGUUUUUGGGUUUCAGUUGACGCUGCCCCCGCUCGGGUGCCACUCGGCCUCAUGUCCCUUCUCGGUAUCCUGACUCAGGCGUCUUCAGUGGGCUCAAAUCUUCCACGAGUCUCCUACAUCAAAGCUCUUGACCUCUGGCUGAUCUUCUCUAUUAUUUUUGUUAUCAGCGUCCUGGUGGAGUACGCCCUGGCGAUUUCCUACCUGCGCAAAACACGGAAGUGUCAGUGGAAGGAUGAUUUACGGGCGAUCGUCCGGGAAGAACUCGCGCGGUGGUGCUCUGCCUGCCAGCAGAAGGAGCUAGAGAGCAUGAGGGCAGCGGGAGCAGUGGUGCCCAAGUACCAGGCCGACUACUACACCCAGAUGGAAGCCAUGAUCACGUUUCGCGACGCCAUUGAGCAAUAUCACAAAAAGCGUGAUGCGAGGUCUGGCAAGGGUGGCAUCAGCAAGUCCACAGCAAGAAUCAAAACUCUGACCGGUGUCACGGAUUCCGUUAUCGAUGGAUACAGCCGGUUCCUCUUUCCGUUGUGCUAUCUCGCUUAUAAUAUCUGCUAUUGGCUCUACUACCUUGUGCUGGUAAAGCACUGA